AAACGUCGGAUUUGACCCCGCCUCCCGCCUGCUCCCCUCCGGCCCCAGGAAGUUGCAAGCGCCCUACUUGUCGCCUGAGAAGUCCACUCGGGGACCGCGGGUCGCGCAUCCUGCGGGGGGUCAGCCAGAGGUGAUGAAGCCGUCUUGGCUGCAAUGUCGCAAAGUCACCGGCGCUGGAGGACUCGGGGGUCCCCUGCCCGGGUCCUCUGCAGCCCGGGGAGCCGGAUCGGCCCGCAGAACUUACGUGUCCCCUGGCCCGCUGGGCGCUCUUGGGGGCCGGGGCUGCCGCCCGCUGUCCUCGAGCGGCGGCGGCGGCGAGUACAAGACCCACUUCGCGGCUUCGGUGGCCGACCCCGAGAGGUUCUGGGGCAAAGCCGCGGAGCAGAUCAGCUGGUACAAACCCUGGACCAAAACGCUAGAAAACAGACACCCUUCCACUAGCUGGUUUGUGGAAGGAAUGCUUAACAUUUGUUAUAAUGCCAUUGAUCGUCACAUUGAAAAUGGUAAAGGAGAUAAGAUCGCUAUCAUCUAUGACAGUCCUGUUACAAAUACUAAAGCCACUAUUACCUAUAAAGAAGUCCUGGAGCAGGUCUCUAAGCUGGCAGGUGUUUUGGUCAAGCAUGGUGUCCAGAAAGGUGACACCGUGGUUAUCUACAUGCCCAUGAUCCCGCAGGCGAUAUAUACCAUGCUGGCGUGUGCAAGGAUAGGAGCCAUUCACAGUCUCAUAUUUGGGGGAUUUGCAUCCAAAGAACUAAGUAGUCGCAUUGAUCAUGCAAAGCCCAAGGUGGUUGUUACAGCAUCCUUUGGCAUUGAACCUGGAAGGAAGGUAGAAUACAUACCACUUCUAGAAGAAGCGCUGAGAAUAGGACAACACAAUCCAUAUAAAGUUCUCAUUUACAAUCGUCCAAAUAUGGAGACAGUUCCUUUGGCUCCAGGUCGUGACCUUGACUGGGAUGAAGAGAUGGCAAAAGCACAGUCACAUGAUUGUGUCCCUGUUCUUUCGGAACAUCCACUGUAUAUUCUUUACACAUCUGGAACAACAGGGCUGCCGAAGGGUGUGGUCAGGCCCACUGGAGGAUAUGCUGUGAUGCUAAACUGGACAAUGUCUUCUGUAUAUGGACUUAAACCUGGAGAGGUGUGGUGGGCAGCUUCUGACUUAGGCUGGGUUGUCGGACAUUCCUAUAUCUGUUAUGGACCACUUCUUCAUGGGAACACAACAGUUUUAUAUGAGGGAAAGCCUGUGGGAACACCAGAUGCCGGCGCUUAUUUCCGUGUGCUGGCAGAGCAUGGAGUAGCUGCCUUGUUUACAGCGCCGACUGCAAUUAGAGCAAUCCGUCAGCAGGACCCUGGGGCAGCCUUAGGGAAGCAGUACUCUCUGACAAGGUUCAAAACAUUAUUUGUGGCUGGAGAACGAUGUGAUGUGGAGACCCUGGAAUGGUCCAGAAAAGUCUUCAGAGUGCCCGUGCUAGACCAUUGGUGGCAAACUGAGACUGGAUCCCCAAUUACAGCAUCAUGCAUUGGAUUAGGUAAUUCUAAAACACCUCCUCCAGGACAAGCAGGAAAAAGUGUUCCUGGAUAUAAUGUUAUGAUUUUGGAUGACCACAUGCAAAAACUGAAGGCUCGGUGUUUAGGAAAUAUUGUGGUAAAGUUGCCAUUACCACCUGGGGCAUUUUCAGGACUCUGGAAGAAUCAGGAGGCAUUCAAGCAUUUAUACUUCGAAAAAUUUCCUGGAUACUAUGACACCAUGGAUGCUGGUUACAUGGAUGAAGAAGGCUAUUUGUAUGUUAUGUCUCGAGUUGAUGACGUGAUAAAUGUUGCAGGUCACAGGAUUUCUGCAGGUGCCAUUGAAGAGUCAGUCCUUUCGCAUGGCACAGUGGCCGACUGCGCUGUUGUGGGCAAGGAAGAUCCUUUGAAAGGUCACGUCCCCUUAGCCCUCUGCGUGUUGAGAGAAGGUAUAAAUACAACCGAGGAACAAGUUUUGGAAGAAAUUGUGAACCACGUUAGACAGAGCAUUGGGCCUGUGGCAGCUUUCCGAAAUGCAGUGUUUGUCAAACAGUUACCCAAAACUAGAUCCGGCAAAAUCCCCCGGUCGGCUCUGUGCGCCCUGGUCAAUGGCAAACCUUAUAAGGUGACGCCUACCAUUGAAGACCCCAGCAUUUUCAGGCACAUAGAAGAAGUGCUGAAGCAGGCAUCAUGACUUUUUCUUCUUUGAGUCAAUUUUCUAAUUGAAGUCAAGUUUUUAUUUCUCAGAACUAAAUAUUUGAAUAGAAAUUACUUGCAAACUGAAAUGUGAAUUAUAAAGCUUGGUCUAAAAAAAUGCACUUGAAGGCUAGUGCAAGACCCGUGCCUUCUGUUAGAUUAGACCUAAUUAGCACUGUUAUCAGUUACCUGUAACAUGGUUCAUUAUAGGUUGUCUAGCACUUUCAUUUUAGAAAAGUAUAUCUAAUGUAUGAUUUUUUAAAAAUUGUACCCCUGCCCCCGAAUUGGAAAUGACAUUAAUGUAGAGCCGCUUCUUAAAAAUGGGAAUAUGUAGUUUUGACCCCAAACCUAAAACUCACAUUGAAGUUAGCAAAUGAUGCAAAUUUGUAUCAUAGAAAUUUGGCAUAUUUUCUAAUAGUCUUGAGAUGCACACAUACAUGGUCAUUUUAACUGAAAUGAGUGAAAUGGGAAGUUUUAGGUAAUCUUCUAACCAUAGGAUUUUCUAGGUAGGAAGACCUGUCUAGUCAUACAUGUCCUGAGGGAAAGCUGGAGGCUGGAAACCAGGGGAAAACUCUGCCUUCAGCUCAUUUGUUCCUUAGUCAAGAGAAAUCACAUGCUGGGCAGAGCCUAGAGGUCACUUAAUCCUUUCUCUUUGUCGUGGAGAUGGGUGCUUUUUAUGAGCCCCACCUCCUGGCUCAGGUGCUUAGUUGACUGGGUGCUUACUGAAUCCAGCUUCCCAUGGAAACAAGGAAAUGAUGUAGAAAUGGGAUGGACUGGCAAAGAGUUCUGAAGGAAGAUAUGUAAAUGUUUUUACCUUAUGCCAAAGACCAGGAUGAGUUUUUAAGAGAAACCAAAAAAAUCCAGAUUUUUAUAGGAAAUCUCUGAUUUUUAAAUAACUCACUAAAAAAUAUUGUGACAUCCAAACACAUCUUUCCAUUUAAACUUCUGUAAAAGUAUUGAGCAUUUAAAAAUAAUUGAAAAAUGAGUCUUUGUUAAUUAGCUCCUGGCAAUGUGUCAAUUAACCAGAGUAGAUAGUUAUAGAUAAUAUUUGGUUUGCAUAGGGUUCUACAGGAUAUCAGUAAUCAAAGAAUACAUUUAAUACAAAAAUAUACUAUGCCCAUUGAGUCAUUGAUGGUACUCAAAAUAUUCCUGAAUCUUUCACUCCAUCAAAAACGUUAUUUUCAAAAGCAGCUCUCCAACUUAGUAGUCUGGGUACAUGAAAUAAAUAUAUGUCAGAGAUAAUAGAAAAGAGCUUAUUGACUUGCUUGUUUCAUAAAAAUUGCUUGCAACCUAUAUAAAGACAUUUUGAAAAUGCACGUUUUUUUUUUUUUUGGACAGUAGGCUA